CGUUGGAGCAAGACAUUCAUUACUUCUUGUAACGAAGCGCGGCUGGAAGGGGUGCUUUGGAAAAUUGACUGAGCACGUGAUUAUUAUUUUUGGUGCCAGAAUUGCCAGCCCAGGAUAUUAGCCUCCAUCAACGCCGAAAUCGAAGUCUCCCUCUUUUCUAAUCCCAAUGGCUCCAGUUGCUAAGAACAAGGCUCUCAAUGCCAAGAAGGCUGCCCUUAAGGGUACCCAAGGCAAGGCUCAACGCAAGGUCCGCACCACCACCACCUUCCACUUGCCCAAGACUCUCAAGCUUGCUCGUGUUCCCAAGUACAGCCGCAAGUCCAUCCCCCACGCUCCCCGCAUGGACCAGUACCGCGUCAUCCGUCAGCCUCUUAACACUGAGACUGCCAUGAAGAAGCUUGAGGAUGAUAACACCCUUGUCUUCCUCGUUGAUGUCAAGGCCAACAAGAGACAAAUCAAGGAUGCUGUCAAGAAGCUCUAUGAUGUUGAAGCCGCCAAGAUCAACACCCUCAUCAGACCCGAUGGUCAGAAGAAGGCUUAUGUUCGUUUGACUGCUGAUGCCGAUGCUCUUGAUGUUGCCAACAAGAUUGGAUUCAUCUAAAGCACUCGCCUUUUGUUGAAUACUUGUCAUAAUACUUCCGCACUUGCAAUAAAAAAAACAAGAAUGCUUUAGAGAACCCAUUUGGGCUCUGUAAAGAGGCUGGGUUCCAUUUGCAACUACUCAUUCAGUUGAUGUUCAAAAUAAUGAUUUAACGGUGAAAUAAGUGUAUCAUACGUGAAGGCCUAUACGUAUAUUGGUGCUGAUUAUGUAGCUCAUGAAUGCAAUGUAGUUAAGAAAAGUGUAACGGCCAUUAUCGCUGUUACUUGAAUGUAUACAACUCGACGUUUCUAACACUACUCGACCCAUUGCAUUUACUCCA